AUGAAUCCAGUAAGUCCCUGGAUUGCGGCUUUGGCCGACCAAUGUCUCUCGUUCUACCUCGGUCAAAAUGAUCAAGAUGAUAUCCAGGUGGAGGAUUUUGAGGGAUGCCUCAUUUUCAUUAUCCGCAGGCCCACACUAAACUCAGCCGUUGUUGUGUCGUGGGGACAAGGAGAGGACAGUCAUCGAGCCACAUUCACAGACUCAAAGAACCAGAUCGAUGCGAUUAUUCUACGCGGCUCGCCGGACGCGCAGGAAGAAACCUCACCCUGCCCACCGUCGGUCAAAGGGGGCCCUAGGCACCUGGUUGAGCUUUCCGAUAUCAAGCUCAUUUUUACGUACUCGGCAUCUGUUCCGGAUGUCUACCUGCACGUCAAUCGAUUUACCAUCCACCCGAAUGCAGUCUCGAGAGGGGAUGUGCCGAAACCAAAGCUCAAGAAGACACCGACUCUCAGAACCCUAAUGACCAUGGCAUGCGAGAAAAUCCGAAAGACACAAGCGCAUCCUGGCUCCAAUAGUCAACCUAAUACUGGCUUGACCGACUCAUUUGUCUCUCAGCGUGAUCAACCUAUGCCACCCCAUCAUUCUCAAAACAACUCGACAUCGCAGUUGCUCUUCUCCCAACCCCUGUCUAAUAUGUGCCAUGGCGCACCGAACGGUAAUUCAAUGACCAAUCGUGUUUCCCUCAACAGGUCAUCGGAUCUUCUAGGAUUGCUCGCUCCUUCUCGUCCAAUUCAAACGGACGGCCCAGCCACUCAAGAACUUCCGGAGACCCAUGGACUAUCUCUAGGUGAACGUAAAAGCAUGCGCUCUUCCUUGCCAAAUGGGAGGAAGCCACUGGCACCACAAGAAAUUGACGCAUAUCCAACCGGAACACAACCCUCAUUCCGAAGACUUUCUAGCAACACUGCUGAUGCGACGCGCACUAGUAACUCUGCUACCAAUCUGUCUCUCGCCAAUCUCAGUGAAGAUGUGGAUAACCUAAUAGCGGAGUGUCGAAGUCAGGUUGCGCAAUCUCCAAAUCAGUCGGAUGAUCAUGACCGGGCUCAUACUGUUGGAACCGGGGAUAACCAGCAGUUUUCGAAAAAAGACAUCGUGGCAAGCCCACACACAUCACCUUUCAAAAAGCGACAGCGUAUUGAUGCCGGAGAGGUGAUGCCGGCAGACACAACUGAAUCCGAACAAGUGCAAAAUAAGACAAUGGCGUCACUUCCUACAGUGCAGAUCGUAAGCACCAAAACAGACAGAGUGUGCCCAUCCACAACUAAUCCAUGGGAAGGAAUGAUACAAAUACCUUUGAGCGAAGUUGAUAUUCCAAAAGAUCAGGCAGAACUUUUGGAAGAACUCAAAUGGAUUCCUCAGGACCCCGGUGUAUCUGCACCUCUAUGCCAUUUACCACCUCAUCUUUUGACGCGAUGGAACAGCAUUGCACGAAGAAGACAACAUUUGGCCGAAGAAGCGGAAGAAAAACAAGAAGCAGAAGCAGAAGCAGAAGCAGAAGCAGAAGCAGAAGCAGAAGAAGCAGAAGAAGAAGAAGAAGAAGAAGAAGAAGAAGAAGAAGAAGAAGAAGAGCAAGUAUCCGAACAUGACCUUACUCCGACCCCGCACGAUAUCCAAACAUCCCCCAUACCAUGGUCCCCGUCACCCGAUAGGACCCCUGCUCGAGAUGUCCUUCCACGAGACACCGCCUCUCCCCCAAAAUACAUAAGGCCUACCAGAAAGCCCCCUACGCCAAGCGGUACUCAAUGUAACGUCUAUCAAUCUGCAGAUGAUGGCAAUGUGGACAUGGUGAACGGAUCUUGCAGUGCUUCAUUUCAGCCAGGGCGGAGAGAUAUCGUCGCGUCAAAGGACAAUAUCAAGACAGCAGGGCAACAAAGGUCUCAGUCUCCCGAUGAAGUAACAAUAAAACCGAGAAAUCCAGUGUCUUUGGGCCAUGGUCCUGACGGUGACCCAUCCCGAAAGGAAAACGCUCUCAAAUCGCUUGAUGUGGUUGAUGACCAACCCGCAAGUUUGAUACAAAAACUUUCUCAUGAUGAACUACUCCCGCAACAUCCUCCGCUUAUAUCUGAGCUCCGUGAUGAAUCAAGUGGCGAUGAGAGCGACGAGCCAGAGAUGGAAACAUAUGUCCCUUUCGCUCUGGGGGGAAUCAUUCCAUUAAGCAGUCAGCCUGAGCAGGUACUUACUAGCUCGGGGCCAUCGCUUCCAAGAUUUGCAGGGGGGACUAUCCAAGUAGUGGAGACACCUGCAGUCCAUAUGUCACGUCUGAAUCCCGAGAAGCAAAGCAAACAGAGAGUUGGAUUAGAACUCCAGAGUUCUCAGAAUCCAUCAUCUCGGGCUGCCAAUACAUCCUCUUCAUCUCGAAUCCUCAAUACCUACCGGUCACAAGAUAGCCAUGGGCAAAGUGACCCAUCCCAAGAGGCACCAAAUCCAUCUUUACCGACAUUGGCAGACGGUUCACUGCGAGUGGAUGUGCUAUGUACUCAGACUCAAACGAGCAGCGUACAUGCGCCAUCACAGGCGACAGUCCAGUCAUCUUCGGACGUCGUACUUGAUUCAUCGAGACCUGCUCAGCGACAGCGUGGCUCUUCUAUCUUCCAUUUAGACCACUCAGAUGACCCAUCGUCUUUUCCUUAUGUCAGGUGCCACUCGCUAUCCAUGUCUCAACUUCAUGAACCAAGCCAAGAUUCUUCCAGAGGACCUUUUUCCCUUGACGGCGCCUCGCAGUUGCCGGAAUUGUCACCUAUGGAAUUCACCACAUGGCUCGCCGCUGACGGAGAAUCACCAUCCAAAUGUUCACGGCCUCCGCGCCGCGAGGGUGCUGAUACUGGCCCAAAGGCAUCCCUCAGUCCAAAUGUCGACUUGGUAGCACGGCGGCAGGGCUUUAUCGGCAAGUCUGACACAUACGCUGAAGCGCAGACGAUCUAUGAAAAGUUCUGCAAUGAUUACUCGCCAUAUUCUGGUGAUUUCGCCCACUUCAUUGAGAUGUGCUCGAAAUUGCAGACAAUGCGGCAAAGGGGCCAGCUGCAACGAUCGUUCUUAUGGGAUGACUUUGUCAUCCAACACCUGGAGGAGUACCCACGCCAUCUUGCAGAGCGCACAUCUCAAGAGUCAAAGGCACUGGAUUACGAAGAUUUCUUUUGCUCGAAAUUCUCACGCCCCCAGCACAAAAAGAGAAGCCUAACAGCGCACGGGGUUGACAUAGUCGCGUCUCAGUUUGUUCCGCCAACCAUUGAAGGCGAGGAAACUCAGGAUCAAGUGCUGCAAAGCGAAGCGGCCAACACUCCUUUCACCGCCAGUCUUGUGGCAAGGCUUUCAACCCUUCAUGCUCACUCGCUUGCUGAUGUUCCUGUUCCGGAUGUUGACAUGCCAACUGCAACGCAGUCAUCGUCAUCCUCUAUUGACACCAGCUCAGAUUCGGUGGAGGUCAAAGUUGAAGCAAACGAUUCACCCAAUGGAUUGAUUGACUCCCAAAUUACCACGAGCAGCGACGAUCAGCAGCCUUUGCUCUUCGGUCUUGAUGAAGAGAUGGUCGAUGCAACACAAUACGACGCAGAUAACACUCGCGUUUCGCCUGAUCCGAACGACGUUGGCAUGGCCGAGACCGGCAUGGACGAAGUUGACGAUACACAAGAAGGAGAUGAUACUCACCAUGAAACUGCCAGCAUUGAACUUGGCGAUGAUACUGACGAUCGCCAUAUCUCUGCCUCACCCGCCCCGCCCGCGGCCCUGGGCUCCCUCAAUGCUGCCGUGAUCGAGCCGCCAAGGCAACGAAGAUCUUGGUUCCGAUCUCUUCGGAACAUAUACCCCACAGGUCCUGUAUGGUCAGAUGAUCCCGACACGCCAUUCAAGCGCUGGGCUCGCCAAGAUCAGAACCUUCUCCAAGAACUCAAUCGUCGCGGUGGAGCUAGGGUUCUACUUGACGAGAAGGGUGUCAUAUGUCGGCCUACCUACAACCAAGGAAAGAACCCUGGUCCCUAG